CUUGAGUUAUAAUGCUGCCUGCUUAUCUGCCACCUCAAGACACUUUCCCCCCCUCUUCCCCACACAAAACUCUUCGCCGCUCACAAAACAUCAUGACUGCCACUAUUGAAUCUGCAGAGCAGCUAAAUCUUUCGAAGGGAGAACGAGAUGUGUUCCUGAUCAUUCGGGAGUCCCUUGGGCGUGAUGGUGAACAAAAACAAAAAUUCCAGGACCUCCUCGAUCGAAUUCGCGGAUUGUAUAUCCCGGAUGAGUCCGAAGAACAAACGGAAGCAACGACAUGGAAUCUAUGCUCGACUGUUAUCGAGGUUGCUAAACGUGUUCCGCCCGACCAUGACAUCCUUAUUCAGGUUUUGAUAGGCUUGAAUCAGGAUCAAAACACGCGUCUGGAGCUCAAGGAGGUAAGAUGAGACUUCCGAAAUCUACGUAGAGAAAAAACUUCAAUCGAAAAUUACUCACUUCACACAGAACAUACGGGAAGAUUGGAAAAACCUUUCAACCUUUACACACUGUCUAAGAGAUCAAUGUAUUGGUGAGAUGAUUCGAGACAUAAAGUUCUUUCCACAUGAAUCAUUAAUCUGACCCAACUUUCAGAUCCCACUGACGAUGAAGGCGAACUUGACCCGGAGGCAGUAUUAGAGUGGGAAAACAUGAACUCUUUUGCGGCAAGAUAGGCACUGAAUGUGUUCGAUGGCUCCCGUUCCCUGUGUGGCAGGUCAGAUUGGCUCUGGAGUGUCCAGCAGCUGAAGGAACGAAGAUGGAAUGCAGGCUAUGGGUGGCAACAGAAUGGCUCUUUCAUUGUGGAAAUCAAAUCUUUCAGGAAAUAUCUUCGACUGAGCCUGUAGAUGAGAAUACUGCCAGGGCGCUCAAACCUGGGCCACUUUGUCUUGUCUCGUCGCCGUUGAGUCUUGAACGGUGGGAAUUUUGGACUCAGAGGCUUCUGGAAAUCGGAGAAUUAACGGAUAAGAUAAGUCAGCGGAGAAACAUCUCUCAACGGAUCCUAGAGACUGUCGAAAGAAUGCGGGGUUUUUGUAAUAUGGAUAAGAUAGAUACAGAACGAACGUAGGAGGAUUGUCUA